CCUUUAGGACCGUGUUUAGGGUCUUGGCAAAGCCUCUCGCAUCUCAGCCGCAGCCUGCCUCAUGGUGGUGUCGGAGCAUUGCGUAUCGCCAAAGAGGGGUAGUGGGGGUGGUGCAUUUCACUAUGCUAUUCCCUGAUGCAACUUUUCAAGGUCCAUCGCCGUCGACAUGUCAUCUGCACUAGCAAACGCCGCGCCGCUCAAGGCCGAGAUCUGCCUUGCGCAGGCUGUUUCGCGCUUCGAGGCGGACCUCUCUAGCGACCAAAAGGCUGCUCUCCGAGCCCAGAGAGCCGAGUCGUCCAAAUCGCCCCCCGAUGGCCGCGACGUGAUGCGGCUCACGGCCGAGAUCGAUCGCCGCACCGCCGGCAAGCUUGGUGGCGGGCGAUGUUUUGGCCCUCGCCUGACAAAUAUCCUUCAGACCAUUCAGCAGUUCGCCGCCCUCGGGGACGUCGUAGUCGGCGCCUCACAGAAUAUCAUUGCCUGCGGUGUUUGGUCGCUCGUCCGAAUGACGCUACUUCUUGAGAAAAUAUCUGCCUUCCUCAUGGUCGCCGGCUACUCUGCUCCUCGCUAUCAACAAAUAGCGCUGCUCUAUCCGCGAUCCAAGGACCUCCAGUCGCAGCUGUCUGAAUAUUUCAUCGUCAUUGUUCGCUUCUGCCACCAUCUGUUGGACAUGUCCAAAAAGUCAAUUUUUGGCCAGUUGCUAUCAUUCCCAAGCGAUUCUGGCCUGAAAAGCUACCAAUCCGACCUCGACCAGUGGGCCAAUGCGAUGAGAGAGGAGGUGCGCCUCUUGAUGGCCCGGAAUUUCGAAGAGCAGAGCUCUGGCCUCAAAUCUCUGAUACAGUUCUCCGAGUCCCAGCCACAUCGCCAGAGGCAAAAGGCGCGUCUCCGUGUUCUCGAGGCCUGCUCCACCUACGACCAUCAGACAACGUGGAAGGAGAUCCGGAAGGCUGGUACUACCACGCCGUUCAGCCGGAUGUCAGCCUACCAGCAGUGGAAGACCGGACCCGAAUCUUGCACACUCGCAUGCAGAGGGAAGCUAGGGUCGGGAAAGUCGGUGAUGAUGGCCAACAUCAUCGACGACCUCCAUCUCGACGUCCAAAGUUCCCAAUAUCCAGUAGCGUAUUUCUUUUGUCGCCACGAAAUCUCCGACAGCUUGAAAGCGCACACCAUCAUUUGUUCCUUGGCUCGCCAGUUAAUGAACUCAAUCCCAAACUUCACCCAGGCUGAAAAACUCAUAGGUGGCACAAACUCUGUCGCCGAUCCUAAAAAGGCCCUUGACAUCCUAAGGCGUGUGCUACCGCCUACCUUCAAGGCCUAUUUCGUGCUGGACGGGCUGGAUGAACUGGAGGCUGAUAACGUCCUGAGAUGGAGGCCAGACCAGUUGGCCAAAAACAACACCAUGACGCUCCCUGACGAGAAUCCCGAUAUCGUGGCAUUUAUCAACGCCGAGCUGGGCAGGUGCAUUGAAUCAGGAAGGCUUACAGUCGGGGACCCCACUCUCGCCCUUGACAUCGAGGAUGCUCUCGUGCAGGGUGCCCAGGGCAUGUUUCUGUGGGUGGCUCUUCAAAUCGGUUCCUUGUGUGGCGCAAAGACCGACGAAGCCAUACGCCAAGCGCUGUCAGACCUCCCAAAGAACCUGUCACAGACCUUUGCCCUGGAUGAAGAGGACUCCACAGGAAGACUGAUACACCACAGCGUCAAGCAAUUCCUCCUCGGAGAGUUUGAGCAUUUGGACAAGGCCGUGUUUACCAUAGACGCGGCACAUGAGACCAUGGGAAAGACUGUUGCCACUUACCUCAGUUAUUCUGUUUUUGAAACCCAGCUUUCGACCGUGGUGGUCCCGCAGCUUGAAGGGCUGGCCGAAUCGGCACCUCACAAAAUCAUUCACUCGACAGGCGCUCCGAGCAACGUUCGGCGACUGGCAGUCAAGCUUCUACAAUCUCGGAAGCAACCUGACUUCAACAUCGGCAAAGUGUUAGCAGAUGCGAGCAAGCGCUUUCAAUUGUCCCCGACACAUCAGUUCCAGUUCCUGGCAUAUGCAAAGACUUAUUGGCUGAGACACGCCUUCUACAUUCCAGACCGUGAUGCAGCAAUACUAGGUCUGCUGCCUCGUCUGGGUCUCCUAUGGAAGGGGAAAACCGCCACAGAUCCUGAAAGCAAGCAGCUUUUGCUCCACGCCGCACGCGAUGGCAAGCAAAUCAUGGUUGCGACACUUGUCAACAACGGUGUUCCUGUGGACACCAUAGACUCACAAUUCUACCAAACACCCCUGAUGUGGGCCUCCAAGAAUGGCCAUGAACCUGUCGUGCGACAUCUACUUGACAAUGGCGCCUAUAUAGAGGCCGGGGAUUUCGAUGGCCAAACACCUUUGAUACGGACCGCGGCUAAUGAUCACAACGCAGUCGUACGGCUACUCCUAGAGCGGGGCGCCAAGAUUGAAAGGAGAGAUUAUAACAACCAAACACCACUGCUGCGGGCCGCGGCGAACGGCCAGGAAAGUACUGUCCAGACACUUCUCGCGGGGGAGGCCAAUUUUGCGGCAAUCGACAUGCAUCGCCAAACACCGUUUGGAAAGAUCAGCGUGACCGGACACCCUUACUCUGUGCCGCCGAAAACGGCCACGAAAGCCAUGGCACGGCUGCUACUCGAGUGGGGCGCCAGCGAUAAGGCGACGGAUAUUGAAGGCCGCGAAGCAUUAUAUCUCGCAACGAUGCAGGGCUACGGAUCCGCCAUGCUCAUGAAUAGGAGAAUGCCCAAUCACUCCCUCUUUCAUCCGGAAGAAGUAGUAGAAGACGAAAGGCUUGACGGCUACAAAGCUGUCGUUGAACUAUUGCUCGCCAGGCGCGCCAAGGUUGACGCGAGGGACAAAGCCCGGCAGACGCCGUUGAUGGAGGCCGCAGCACAAGGUCGUAGUGACAUUGUAUGA